CAUUCCAGUGUGUCUAUCCACUAAUUCCGAAUCAUUCCGGUUCUAAUUUCUUUGCAUUUACUGCAAUGGCUUCCAGUGGAGUUCUUGAGGUAGAUGUUAACAUAGAGUCUUCUGCAGAAAAGUUCUGGGAAGACAUCAGAAACUCCACAACCCUCUUCCCAAAAUACUUCCCAGAUCAAUACAAGACCAUUGAAAUACUUGAAGGUGAUGGAAAGGCCGCUGGGUCCAUUCGUCUCUUCACAUAUGCUGAAGGUUCUCCACUUGUGAAAAUAUCGAAAGAAAAGAUCGACACGGUGGAUGAGGAAAACAAGAAAGUUUCAUACAGUGUCAUUGAAGGAGAUCUGUUGAAAUACUACAAAAGUUUCAAGGGGAAAAUAGAGGUGAGUCCAAAGGGGGAUGGGUGCUUGGUGAAAUGGACAUGCGAGAAUGAGAAGGUAAGUGAUGAUGUUGAGGUUCCACACAUCAUUAAGGACUUUGUGGUCAAGAACUUCACUGAAGUGGAUGACUUGAUUCAGAAGGCAUAGAGAAGCCAAAAACACUACCUAUUGAGAAAUGAGGAGUGAUCUACAUACAUACAUAUAUGUGUGUGUGUGUGUGCAUGUUUUAAAUCAAUAAUAAUGUGGAGUCCUACUCUGCUCUAAUAAUUUUGAUCUGUCUUUCUUGAUACUUAUUUUACUUACUGUGCAAACUACUAUUAUCC